AUGAUGCUACCUGCGGAGGCCAGAGGUUUUAAGUAGAGACAGAACAUCUCCUCAACUGCAAACUGGCUGCAGUCUUUGGCUGUCAUCUAUUGCUGUUGCUUUUACUUCCCUCAAGUUGCUAACCAUGCUGAAGAAGUUCCUGUUCACCUCGACCUUGUUAGGUUUGGUGCUGGCUUUCCCAAGAGAAAUACCAGAUACGGUCACUUCUUACAGUGAUGACACAACAGCAAGUCCUUCUGAUUUCACCACUUCCUACAUAGUGGAAACAACAUCACAGACAAAUGAUUUCACCAGAUUUUCUACUGAAGAGGCAACAGCAGAAACAGUUGACUUCACCACUUCUUACAUUGAGGAGACAACGGCAGAGCCAAAGGAUAUAACCCCUUUUUAUACUGAAAACUCAACCUUAGAGGCUACAGAGGACCCUGUAACCAGUCUGAGUGGAGAAUACAAGACUGGAUCUGCUGAACCUACCGCUUUUGUGACUGGAGAAGAGUUCAAGGAAUCCAGUACCAGUGGGAGUGGAGAUCUGUGGAGUGAGUACCUUGAAGCCAGCACUCUCACAAAUGAAGCCUAUCCAACUGGAACAGCCAAUGAAUCUAGGACCAUCUCCACUGAACUAUAUACGCUGGAUGGACCAUCUGAACUCAGCACCAGUUUGAAUGGAGAAUCUGUGACUGAGGGACCACAGGGCUCCAGUAACACCCAGGAUAAUGUGGGAAGUGACCAGCCGUUCUACAAAAUGGGGACAAUAACAUUUGACAACCUCACUCUGAGCAACUUGGAUGAAAGUUGUUAAUUAUCAUCAUGAAGAGGGUGAUCAUCUGAAAAAACAUAAGAGGUGACUGGAGCUGCGCUGCAGCCUGGAUUAACUGAACUGGUGAUGGGGUAUAUAGGUCAGUGCUGAAGGAUAAGCGCAUGGCUGGACCCGUUAGAUCUGUGUCAGAGGUGAUGUGCAUUGGUUGUACUGCAAUUAUAUCUGAAAAUGCUCAGAGUUGGUAUUAUUUCUUUCUAUAACAGAUAUAAGUUUUGUUUCCCCAUGUCUGUCAGUAAGAUCUGUUUAAAUAAU